AUGGAGCAGAACUUCUUCUUCGUGGAUGGCUUACAUGCCGACAAAACGUCGAAAAAGCUCAUGCGACAGCAUGUAAUGAAAGGCAAGAAUGCAGGCAAAACAUUCCAUCGACCGUCGAGGACAACUCAGGUUGUUCACUAUCGACCAAUGGAGAGAAUCGACAGACCAAUCGGUUCCCAAUUCUGCUCAUUUCCGUUUCCUGUGCCGCUGACGAAAACUGCUAGUAAAUCGAUUGAUGAUUUUUUUAAACUGACCAUCAAUGUCAUCUACCCGCCGUCUCAGCUUGGAUUUGACAUUGAAAGAGAUAUGAGUAAAUGGCUUGAAAUUAUGUUUCAAGGGAAAUCCGGCUACGAGGUUUCUCUCGUGCUGAUACAGGCUUUGAACGAGACAUACCUCGGCGGAGGCUACAACUGUCCCAAUUCGCUCUUUUGUCUAUCCCAGACCCUGGAGCUGCUCAAAAAGAGGCUCGGAAGUAAAGAAGCAUUGUCCGAUCAAACUCUUUCCAUCAUCAUGUCCCUCAUCAACCAGGAGCAGUUGGUAGAUCAUUACUCUGCGGCCGAAGCUCACAUGGCUGGUAUGAAGAGGAUAGUGGAUCUCCGUGGAGGUCUCGAGAGCAUGGAAAACCUCGCUAUGGUGGUUAAGAUUUGUCGGACGGACAUCCUAUUUACCAUGCAGCAGAGCAGAUAUCCGACCUUCUAUCGCGAUCAUAUGCCCCAACUACGGAAUUUGCUCACAUCUAAAGGCUUCAUAUUACAGUGCACCUCGGAAGCGUACUCUGUUCAGCAGGGUCGACUAGAUUCAGUACUCAAAGAAUCAUUAUUCGAUAUUAUGGGAGUCUGCAGACUCUUCAACGAACACCUGGAAGAGAAACCACUGGAUGUAAUCGAGUUCCAGGAAGCUCUGAUAUCGAUUUGCUAUCGACUUCUACAAUUCCGGACCUUGAACGAAUCAAGAUCAAGACACGACAUUCAAUCAGCAUACCACAUUGGGUUGAUGAUAUUCAUGGUCUCGGUCCACUGGUACAAUUACCAAAGCCGCUUGUCAAAGCCAGGACAUAUUGCAGGUCGUAUGAAAGAGGUUGCAGGAAUGCUGGAUGAACAUGAAGAUGAGUUUGCGCUCUGGGUAUUGGCAUUAGGGGGCAUCUCUGUUUUAGGGAAAGAUGAUCGCGAGUGGGUGCUCUCUGGGUUACGAGACAAAGCCUCCACGCUUGGAAUCACUACAUGGGAUGAGGCGCGGAAAUGCUUGGUCAAGUUCCCGUGGAUAAACGUCAUUCAUGACGAACCGAGUCGAAAGUUAUUGGACGAGAUGUUUCUGCUAGACAAAGCUUCACAAAAGGCUCUGGAGUUAGGGUUAAAAUGA